UGGCGGCGUCAUCAUUCCCCUACUUCAUGCCUCACAUCUGCGCAGUGCGCACGCGUUCCGUACCGUGGUGUCUGACAUCUUUAUAGCAAACUCUGAAAGUUCUGAAGUCUGGAAGUAGCAACUAGCCUUCGUAGAUACAAUACAGUAUGUCAAACAAGCGGAGAAGAAGUGGAAAAAAAAGAAAUUAUGAUAUUGAUAAGAAAAAAGCAUGGAAGAAGCUGAAAAGAAAGCCGGUUAUUCAUUGCAAACAAAUGAAUGAUGUUUGGGACAAAAAGAAAACAGUUCAACAGAAUUUGCGCGAUAUGGGUCUUGCAUUUGAUACAAACAAAGCAGUGAAGAUUCCUCGCCCUUCUCCGGCAAUCAUCUCAGAAGUUCCAAUUAAUCUGAUACCAACAGAAGAUUUGAAACUUCCUAAAGUUCGGGAAAGUAUGGAGGUUGAAGCUGCUCUUGGUGAAAAAGAAAAACGAUUUCUUGUGUCAUCAGAAGAUGUCAUUUUCUGUACCCAUAUGAUGGAUAAAUAUAGGGAAAAUUACAAAGCUAUGGCAAGGGAUUCAAAAAAUCAAUAUCAACUGACACCAAAACAAAUCAGAGAUAAAAUAAGGUCUUUCAAAAGAUCAAAAACACAAUACCAACAAUAUCUAGACAAUAAAAAUUGCAAGGAAGAUCCAGUUGAAGUUAUGGAGUCAUGAUCAGAAUAAUAUGCAUUUUAUGGAGGACAAUACAGUGUUGUGUAACCAAAAAAGAGCAUCUGAGACUGUAUAAAAAUUAAUGCAAAAAAGUGCCAAAUUGGUUCUAUCUACAGUAGAAUUGUUUCAAAUUGCUAUUUUGUCUGUCAUGUUGGUUGUGCUGCUCACACUUUCAAUGGAUAAACUAUUCAUUUUUUGAAUAUGUAACUGUAGUACUAAAAAGUCAAAUAACAUUUUCUAUUAUUGUUGCAAUAUACUUUAAAAACGAUGUGAAAUUACAAAUAUUAUAAGUUAGAAAAUUUGAAAAGGUGAUUUUCACAAUAUUUCAGACCUACGUUAAUGACUUCCAUUCCACAUAACUUUUCAUAAUAUACAAUUUACAGAAGCUGUUCCACAUUCUACAAGUUUUAAAACCAAAUUUCGAUUUUCUAAAAAUUGGUCACGUUUUUUUUUUCUUUUUGUUCAAUGAUAUUCACAAUUAGGCGUUACUUACCUACCUAUAAAUGUUUGCGAAAAUUUAUUAGCUGACAGCUGCUAUUCAGCAAGUGGGAAAUAAAUGAAUGUUAAAUAAAUGAAUUUCUUUCAUCGCAUACAAGAACCGGAUAUUUGGAGAAAUCGUUAAUUUCAAUAUAUUGUGCCAUUCAUAAUCGAGACAUUAUUUCUCGUUUUUUUUUU